AGGGCUUCUGCUGGCAGCGUGACCACGAUGGGACCAUGCCCUUGUCCCCACUGCAUGGCCCCAGGGAGGGGGGCACAGCAGGAGCUGGCGUUUGGGCUGAAAUCCGUGGGGAGGGGGAACAUCAGGAAACAUCUCAGCCCCAGGGAGGGUCCCGCACCUCGUUGGAGCCAGUUACACCUGUACUAACGAAGCAGGUGACACCACAGAGCUGCUUCCCUCUAAUUAGUGGGGUUGGCUCGGGGAGCCUGCAAGCAGAGGUGCUGUGCUGAGCCAGGAUCUGGCCGUGGGGAGCCUUCUGCAGCAGGACCCGGAUGGCCUGUGGAUAAAGCAGCUCGCGGCCCGCUUGCAGCCUGAAUAACCCGUGGGGAUGCUCGAGUGGCGAGUGGGCUGCCUCCAAGCCUCCGGGACCCGAGGCUGACUCGAAGCCAGCAUGUCGAACCCCCCGGCCCCCGCUCGGUGAGCAAUGCCUGGAGCUGCCCACCCUGCCUCUCGCCUUGCUUCUUUCUCCCGGUGAGACCGGGACGAGGAUGCUGCAGAAAGCCAGCCUGGAGCUGAAGCCCAGAGGUGUUUUGCAGUGAGACGAGGCACGUAAGAGCCUGAUAAGCAUCCCCCAGCUCCCCAAAUCUCAGCACUCAGCGAGUGUCGAGGUCCUGGCCUGCAGGCUGGUGACGCAGGCUGCCAUGGAAGAGAGCACGUUCAGCGUGCAGCAGAUACAGCCCAACGUCAUCUCGGUGAGGCUCUUCAAGCGCAAGGUGGGGGGCCUGGGCUUCCUGGUGAAGGAGCGCGUCAGCAAGCCGCCCGUCAUCGUCUCCGACCUGAUCCGGGGAGGGGCCGCCGAGCAGAGCGGCCUCAUCCAGGCCGGGGACAUCAUUUUAGCUGUCAAUGGCAGGCCCCUGGUGGACAUGAGCUAUGAGGCCGCGCUGGAGAUACUGAGAAGCAUCGCCUCCGAGACCUACGUGGUCCUCAUCCUGCGGGGCCCCGAGGGCUUCACCACUCACCUGGAGACCACUUUUGCCGGCGACGGGACGCCGAAAACCAUCCGCAUCACCAGACCCCUGUGCCCGACGCCGAAGGGGGUCGACCUGUCCAACCCAAAUCUCCAGGGCAAGGAGCAGCCGCUGCCGGCAGCCGCCCGCACCAUGGGCUCCCUGUGGGCCCGGGAGACGGGGCGAGAGGAGCCGAUGGUCCACGUGAACGGCAUCGUUCCCAGCCCCAAGGGACAGGACGGUGGCAAGGGGAAGGACAGUGCCUGCAGCCACCUGUGCCUCAAUGGCGGCGUGGAAGACAACGAGCUGCUCAAAGAGAUCGAGCCCGUCCUGGAUCUCCUGAAGAGCAGCAGUAAGGACGGCGAUGGAGAUGCACCCUGCAAGGUAGAGACAAGAGAUAUAGAAGUCCAGGUAGACUGUUUCAGGGAAGGGGAAAACAAGCUGCAGAAAGCCUUGCCGGCUCAGAUGGAGAACGACCGUGUCUUGGGUGACCUCUGGGGGAAGAGCAACGUGCCCAUGGUCCUCAACAACCCCUACUCUGAAGCGGAGCAGCCGCCGCCGUCGGGGCGACAGUCCCCGACCAAGAACACGGUGAACGGGAGCCCUUCCAAAUGCCCGCGGUUCGUCAAAAUCAAGAACUGGGAGACGGGCGCCGUGCUUCACGACACUCUGCACCUCAAGACGGCGAUGGCCACUGCGUGCACAGAGCAGAUCUGCAUGGGCUCGGUAAUGACCCCAAGCCAGCACAUCCGCAAGUCAGAAGAUACCAGAACGAAAGAGGAGGUGCUCCUCUUGGCUAAGGACUUCAUUGACCAGUACUACUCCUCCAUAAAGAGGUCUGGCUCCAAGGCCCAUAUGGAAAGGCUGGAGGAGGUGACCAAGGAGAUUGAAGCCACCGACACCUACCAGCUGCGGGACACGGAGCUGAUCUACGGAGCGAAGCACGCCUGGCGGAACGCAGCCCGCUGCGUGGGCAGGAUUCAGUGGUCCAAGCUGCAGGUGUUUGAUGCCCGAGACUGCACCACAGCCCAUGGGAUGUUCAAUUACAUCUGCAACCACAUCAAAUACGCCACCAACAAAGGGAACCUCAGAUCUGCCAUCACCAUCUUCCCGCAGCGGACAGACAGCAAGCACGACUUCCGCAUCUGGAACGCCCAGCUCAUCCGCUAUGCCGGCUACAAGCAGCCCGACGGCUCCAUCCUUGGAGACCCUGCCAAUGUGGAGCUGACGGAGAUCUGCAUCCAGCAAGGGUGGAAGGCACCGUACGGGCGCUUUGACAUCCUGCCCCUGCUCCUCCAAGCCAACGGCAAUGACCCCGAGCUCUUUGAAAUCCCCCCCGAGCUCGUGCUGGAAGUGCCCAUCCGGCAUCCCAAGUUCGAAUGGUUUAAGGAGCUGGGCCUGAAGUGGUAUGGUUUGCCAGCCGUGUCCAACAUGCUCCUCGAGAUCGGCGGCUUGGAGUUCUCCGCCUGCCCUUUCAGCGGCUGGUACAUGGGCACAGAGAUCGGGGUCCGGGACUACUGUGACAACUCUCGCUACAACAUUCUGGAGCAAGUGGCCAAGAAAAUGAAUCUGGAUAUGAGGAAAACCUCCUCGCUGUGGAAGGACCAAGCCCUGGUGGAGAUCAACAUCGCCGUGCUGUACAGCUUCCAGAGCGACAAGGUGACCAUCGUGGAUCACCACUCGGCCACCGAGUCCUUCAUCAAGCACAUGGAGAAUGAGUACCGGUGCCGCGGGGGCUGCCCUGCCGACUGGGUGUGGAUCGUCCCGCCAAUGUCGGGCAGCAUCACCCCAGUCUUCCAUCAGGAGAUGCUCAACUACCGCCUCACCCCCUCCUUCGAGUACCAGCCAGACCCCUGGAACACCCACGUCUGGAAAGGGGUCAACGGGACCCCCACCAAGAAGAGGGCCAUUGGCUUUAAGAAGUUAGCCAAAGCUGUGAAGUUCUCAGCCAAGCUGAUGGGACAGGCCAUGGCCAAGAGGGUCAAAGCCACCAUCCUGUAUGCCACGGAAACAGGGAAGUCACAGGUCUACGCUAAAACCCUGUGCGAAAUCUUCAAGCACGCUUUCGAUGCCAAGGUGAUGUCCAUGGACGAGUACGACAUCGUGCACCUGGAGCACGAAACCAUGGUCCUGGUGGUCACCAGCACCUUUGGCAAUGGAGACCCACCUGAGAACGGGGAGAAAUUUGGUUGUGCGCUUAUGGAGAUGAAGAACCCCAACUCCAACCUGGAGGAAAGGAAGAGCUACAAGGUCCGUUUCAACAGCGUCUCCUCCUACUCGGAUGCACGGAAAUCCUCGAGCGACGGCCCUGACUCCAGGGACAACUUCGAAAGCACGGGGCCCCUGGCUAAUGUCAGGUUCUCCGUCUUCGGGCUGGGCUCGCGCGCUUACCCCCACUUCUGCGCCUUUGCCCGGGCGGUGGACACCCUCCUGGAGGAGCUGGGCGGGGAGCGCAUCCUCCGCAUGGGAGAAGGGGACGAGCUUUGCGGCCAGGAGGAGUCCUUCAGGACCUGGGCCAAGAAGGUCUUCAAGGCAGCGUGCGAUGUCUUCUGCGUGGGGGACGACGUGAACAUCGAGAAGGCCAACAACUCCCUCAUCAGCAACGACCGGAGCUGGAAGAGGAGCAAAUUUCGCUUGACCUACGUGGCCGAGGCACCGGAGCUCACACAAGGGCUGUACAGCAUCCACAAAAAACGCGUCUACGCAGCCCGGCUGAUCACACGCCAGAACCUGCAGAGCCCCAAGUCCAGUCGCUCGACCAUUUUCCUGCGCCUCCAUACCAACGGGCACCAGGAGCUGCAGUACCUGCCCGGGGACCACCUGGGCGUCUUUCCAGGGAACCACGAAGGUUUGGUCAAUGCCCUGAUCGACAGGCUUGAAGAUGCUCCCCCGGCCAACCAGCUGGUGAAGGUGGAGCUCCUGGAGGAGAGGAACACAGCUCUGGGUGUCAUCAGUAACUGGACGGAUGAGAACCGAGUCCCACCGUGCACCAUCUUCCAGGCCUUUAAGUACUACCUGGACAUCACCACCCCUCCCACCCCCCUGCUGCUGCAGCAGUUUGCUUUGUUGGCCACCAGUGACAAGGAGAAGAAACGUCUGCAGGUCCUCAGCAAGGGCUUGCAGGAGUACGAGGAGUGGAAGUGGUCCAAGAACCCCACCAUCGUGGAGGUGCUGGAGGAGUUCCCCUCGGUGCAGAUGCCCUCCACGCUGCUGCUCACGCAGCUCCCCCUGCUCCAGCCCCGCUACUACUCCAUCAGCUCCUCCCCGGAGAUGUACCCAGGCGAGGUGCACCUCACCGUGGCGGUGGUCUCGUACCGCACGAGAGAUGGAGAAGGCCCGAUCCACCACGGAGUGUGCUCCUCUUGGCUCAAUCGGAUACAGACCGACGAAGUAGUGCCCUGCUUCGUGAGGGGGGCACCCAGCUUCCACCUGCCCCAGGACCCCCAGGUGCCCUGCAUCCUCAUCGGCCCCGGCACCGGCAUCGCCCCGUUCCGGAGCUUCUGGCAGCAGCGGCUUUUUGAAAUCCAGCACAAAGGCCUGAAGCCUUGUCCUAUGGUCCUGGUGUUUGGGUGCCGACAGUCCAGGAUCGACCACAUUUACAAAGAGGAGACGCUUUUUGCCAAAACCCAAGGUGUCUUCAGAGAGCUGUACACAGCCUACUCGCGGGAGCCGGACAAACCAAAGAAAUACGUGCAGGACGUGUUGCAGGAGCAGCUGGCCCAAAUGGUGUACAAAGCACUGAAGGAGCAGGGAGGCCACAUCUACGUCUGCGGGGACGUCACCAUGGCCGGGGACGUCCUCAAGACCGUUCAGCGCAUCGUGCGGCAGCAGGGCCAGCUGUCGGCGGAGGAGGCGGGCGCCUUCAUCAGCAAGCUGCGGGAUGACAGCCGGUACCACGAGGAUAUUUUUGGAGUCACCCUGCGCACGUACGAAGUGACUAACCGCCUUAGAUCCGAGUCUAUUGCAUUCAUUGAGGAGAGCAAAAAAGAUACGGAUGAGGUUUUCUGCUCCUAACCGGACCCUUCGCCCCAAGGGGAUGCCCAAGCAGUCCCAGCACCUGCUGCCCCCUCCCGCCGGAGGGCUCUGGGUUUUGUAUUUCAUGGACACGGUGGCUCCUUUUCCGCGGGGAACUGCCCAUGGAAAGCGCUCUGUCUCUCGUCCUGUUGUUGUGUCCUGAUGAUGAUGAUGAUGAUAAUUUUUAUUGCCUUUUCUUCCUCUUUCUCUUGCUCUCUCUCUCUUGUCCUGUGGCGGUUUCUUUUCACCCCCUUCCCUGGAUUUUCCCACUGAAGUAUGAUGGCUUUAUAAUCCGCAGUGGCUCUUAACAGAACUUCCCAUUUCCCCAUCCUCUCCUGAGGGCAUUUUGCAGCUGCAUGAAACCACCACCUUUGUGACCAUCUGCGUUUUAGUGUUUUGGGGGCAAGCAGAGGUGGCUGGGGCUGGGCGAUGGCUGGGUCUUGUUGCUUGACUGGAGCUGGGAUCAUUCCCGCAGCCCCACUUCCCCCAGCUUGGGCCUUGGCUGAAUCCUUGCAUUUUCUUUGCUUUUUUUCUUUUUGGACUUGUUCAGGCCUGGGCACACGCCCAAGGCUGGGGGCAGUCAUUGUGCCAUGUCCUCGUGCCUGUGGACUUUGUUCAUCCCCAAGCAGCCUGGGUGCAAAUGCGUCUGUGUUGAUCCAAAGGGUGUGACAUCUCCGAUUCACGUGUCAUGGUUCCUCCUAAACGCACCCCGUGCUACAUUUACCUCCUCCUCUGCUCCCCAUCAGUCUCUCCUUUUGCUCAAUCCCCACUUCUGCUGGCAUGAAAGCCCUCCCGCAGAGGAGCAAGCACUGAACACACAGGCCGAUGUCUGUGCUGGGGACAAACUCACAGCACUGACUGCUGCUUGGCCAGGCUGUCCUCCGAGAGGCUUUGCAGGAGAUGCGUGACCUGCUGGGGGGAGAGGUUCAGGGACCGGCUGCAUCCUAGAGCUUUGCACGCUGUGAACGCUUGAACCCUCUCCCAGGUGAGACUGGAAAGCCACCAGGCUGGGAGAGAAGCAGCUCCAACCCUGGGUGCAGGAGACACCUCCCGGUGAUGAAUCCUCUUGGGAAGGCAGCACUCGGAGGUCUACAGAGGUUCCCAUCUCCUGGUCCCGACCAAGGGCUCUUGAAAGCCUGGAGAGCAUCGGUCCCACCUUGGUGUAGUCUCACGAGCAGUUCUGGGACAGCAGACCUCAACCUCAUCUGUGGCUUCGGGAGCAGAAAGUGCCAGCAGGGAGCGACCUGCCUGCCAAAAGAAACACGCGGCACCUCGGUGGCAAAGCCGGUCCCCUCUUGCAGGCUCUGUCCCAGCGGCAUGAGCUGUCUCUGCCGGGAUGUCUCGUGUGAGAAGGGAGGUGAGAGCAGCUGCAAAGCUGCUGCGUGACUCUGGCCCCUGCCGUGCUCACACCUCAGCCCGGCUGCAAAAGCCUGGCCCCACGAGCGAUCUGUUAACACCGUCGCGGGGAGAUAUCAGUCCCCUUAGCAGAGGAAAGCUGUCUGCAAGGUAAAGCGCACGCGACCUUGUGCGUCCUUCCUCCCUCUCCUCCCUUCCUCCCCCUCAGGAAGGUUUGUCCUCCUUCACUGCAGGACGAGGGCAGUCCUGGUGGCAGGGCACGGCUGCAGCCCCUGUUGGAAGCAGGGACACGGGGCUGGAGGUUGGAGCUGAUGUCCCCCUCCCGACCCCCCUCCGCUGCGCUGUGCGCUGGCAUGCAGCAAAGCACCUGCACUGGUGACAGCAGAGGGUUUGUCCGGGAGCUGUGGCGGUGAGCUUUGCUGUCAGAGGGCAAGGAUUAGCUGCCCUAAGACGAAUCUGGAACAGAAAGAGCUGCAGGAGGUUUGCUGCUCCCCCAGCCUGUGGUGCAAGGUGUGCUGGCUCCCCUGGCAGCGCAGAUGUCACGCGCUCAGCCCUGUCUCCUCGUGCUGUCACCAUCUUCAUCAGCCUCAACUCCCUGGAUGCUCGGAGCAGCUCCAGCCCAGAGCUAAAGGCCACCAGGAGCUGGGGAAUUCAAGAUCGAGGUCUCAGUUUUGCUGCUCCCAGCAGAGCACUUGGCAGGGCACAAAACGCGAACGAAUGCUGCCACGGUGUGGCCGGAGCCGAGCUCGUAGAGCUGGCAGGGCUGGGUCUGCAGCGAGGUGCAAGGCUGGGUUUUUGUCACCCCCUGGGGACUCUUCCUGAUGGGGACACGAAAGCUGGACAGGAUGGGACAAAGGGCACUCCCUAGACCUCCUCUGGGGGUUGUGGCCCAGCCCCAGGGCAGGCAGCGGGGCAGAGCCGGGUCCCCUUGGUGCUGGGAUGUGUGAAUUCGGGCAGAGGUCCUGCUGCUGGGAGCCAAGUCCUUGGCCCUGUGUACGUACAGCAAGGCUGGCCCUAACCCCCAGCCCUGUGGCUGCAAAAACAGAACUAAAGACCAAAUUCAUGUCUCAUCCCUGCCUUUUGGGAAAAAUGAUUCUGGCUCUAGACGUCGUGCUCUGCUCCUCCUGUUAGUAGAAGCAGCAACGCAGCCUGAAAAAGAGUGAGUGCCCAAAGAAACGUCCUUGUCUUCGUCCUCUUUCUAGCUCAUCCUGCAUUGCUGGCAAUUAGGUUUUUCCUGUCCUGCCUUCUGCCUGUAUUGCUGUAACAUCUCACGUGGAAGUCCUAUUGCUGCUGCAGUCUGUGCCUGAGAUGAAUUGGCAUGCUCUUCCUGCGCCCCAAAGCCUGCCAUCCCCACCUCCCCGCUUCCACCCGAGAUGCCUGUGGAAACACAGGGAAGCACACGGCUGUGUGCCUUGCCUUCC